AUGGCAGUCGGACCAAAAAGCGUCAAGUGCAUCGGGCUAGUAUUUCAUGGAAUGCUGAAUGAUCAUAAACCUAGUUUUACACUGAAGCCAUUUAACACUCCACCCACAGAACACGGAGAGAUUCUGCUAAAAAUACGACUCUGUUCGAUAUGUGGGUCAGAUCUCCAUACGAUGACGGGUAUGAGAUCCGAGCCAUGUCCCAGCAUCCUGGGUCACGAAGCUGUUGGGGAAGUGUUGAUCGCGACUGGGCGGGAGGAAGACAGCCUCCGACCCGGGGAUCGGGUGACAUUCAGCGUGGCUGACAGCUGUCAAUCAUGUUCGCGGUGUCGAGACGGAAUACCACAAAAAUGCAUCCAUUUAUUUAAGUAUGGACACACCUUGCUCACGGACGGCACCGGAUUAAACGGUUGUUACGCCACUCAUAUCGUUUUGCGUAAAGGCACUGCUGUUGUGAAGAUCCCGGCGGAUUUGGCGGAUUCUGAGGCCGUGUCUGCCAACUGUGCUCUAGCCACAAUGGUCAACGCAGUAUCACAUGUUACAGAAACGCAAGCUGGAGCCAGGACCGUUGUCAUCCAGGGUUCGGGAUUGCUGGGCUUGUAUGGAUGUGCCCUGUUCGCAGAGAAAGGAUACGGCCACGUGUACUGUACUGACAUCGACAACACCAGACUGGAGUGUGUCAGCAAGUUUGAUGGCAUUCCCUGGAACACCCUUACUGGUGACUGUCCGACCAGCCUUCCUGAGGAAGAUUCUGUCGAUGUUGUGGUAGAAGUGUGUGGGGAUCCAAAGGUCAUUCAGCACGGGGUCCGCCUUCUCCGCCCUGGUGGAACAUAUAUUCUGGUUGGCAUGGUAACACCAAAUUCUCACCUAGGUAUUACGGGAGAACAGAUAAUUCGAAAAUGCAUGGUGAUAAGAGGUAUACAUAACUAUUCACCCAGGCACCUGACUGAGGCGGUGCAGUUUCUGGCGAGAACGUCACACAGGUACCCGUAUACGUCAUUGGUCAGUCAACCAAUCAGCUUGAUGGAAUACGAGAAGGCGUUUUCAUUGGCUAAGACUCGACGCUAUCAACGGGUGAUCAUGCAGCCGAACAUGAAUUCAUAAUUGUACCGGUUUGGAAUCGGAAAAGAGUAUAGUUCCGGUUUGGUUAUGAGCGCGCAGCCUGAUUGCUUAUUGACCAAUGGCCUGCAUUCCCGUCUGGUCAUUUUCGAAUCCCACAUACGGUCUGCUGGAGAGGGGACCCUAACUCAAUUCAGUGGUAACGGGAACACAUGGUCCAGAUGUAUCUCUUUAUGGUCCACAUGAUGCGCCAUGUUACA